AUGGAGAACAGGUCAGAGGUGACCGAUUUCAACUUGCUGGGUCUGACUGAUGACCCACACCUGCAGGUUCCCCUCUUCAUCACCUUCCUCCUCAUCUACACCAUCACUGUGGCUGGGAACCUGGGGAUGCUCCUGCUGAUCCUCCUGGACCCUCGUCUGCACACUCCCAUGUACUUUUUCCUUGGUAACAUGUCUUUGGUGGAUUUUUCCUCUUCUUCAGUUAUCACUCCUAUAGUCAUUGGUCAACACCUUACAGGAAACAAAAUCAUUUCCUACAAUGCCUGUGCUGCUCAGAUGUUCCUCUUUACAACCCUCAUUUGUGUGGAAAAUUAUCUCUUGGCCUCCAUGGCCUAUGACCGCUAUGCAGCAGUGUGCAAGCCCCUGCACUACACCACCACCGUGACCAUAAACAUGUGUGUGGGACUCGUAAUUGGCUGCUAUAUCGUCUCAUUCCUGAAUGCUUGCAUCCAAACUGGAGUCACAUUCAGUCUCUCCUUCUGUAACUCUGAUGUAGUCCAUGAUUUUUUCUGUGAUGUUCCAGCAGUCAUGGCUCUCUCCUGCUCAGACAAACAAGUUAGUGAGCUGGUCCUUGUUUAUGUCGUGAGCUUCCAUAUAUUUUUUGCCAUCCUGGUUAUUUCAACCUCCUACAUCUUCAUUUUUGGCACCAUCCUAAGAAUGCACUCAGCUGCAGGGCAUCGCAAGGCUCUGUCCACCUGUGCCUCCCACUUCACUGCUGUCUCCAUCUUCUAUGGGACAAGUAUGUUCAUGUACUUACGGCCCACAUCCAGUCACUCCAUGGACACUGAUAAAAUUGCCUCUGUGUUUUAUACUAUAGUCAUCCCCAUGCUGAAUCCAAUGGUCUACAGCUUAAGGAACAAGGAGGUCAAGUGUGCAUUCUUAAAGGUUAAGCAUGCAUUCAUUUUAUCAAGGAAAAAUAAGCUGUAG